AUGUAUGUUGAUCCGGUAUCAUGGAUACCACCCAUUGAAAAUGAUAAUAACAUUACUAAUGAUGAUGAUAACAUUGGUAAGGAUGGUGAAAAUUCUAAUGAAUCUAAUAAUAAUGGUGGCUGUGAUGAGAAAAAUGAUGUUAAGCAAAACGAUGAUGGUUCCAUUAUCAUUACUCCAUCAAAGGAGAUUGCAUGCUUAUCUACUGCAUCAACAAGAAAAAAAAGAACUCCUAAAGCUAUUCCAAAAGAAUUUGUUGAUAAUUGGGAAGUUAUAGAGAAACCUCGAAACGAUGGAAUUAAGGUUGAUAAGUCAUAUCGUCAUAAGAAAAAAGGUUUUACUUGUCGAUCUAUUAUAGAAGUUGAAAAAUAUGAAAAGAAUGGAAAACGUCCAAGUCGCAAAAGAAAAACUACAGAAAAAGUUGAAAAGCAUGAGAAGGAUGGAACACGUCCAAGUCACAAAAGAAAAACUACAGAAAAAGGAAAAGAAAUUAUUAAUGCUGAAAAAGAAGAAGGCGAGGAAAAAGCUUCCCAGAACAAAAUGGAAGAAGCAGAAAUUAAUCGAAUUCGCGUUGAAAAAUUUCUUGCAGAAGCUCACUACAAUUUACUUCAUUGGUUUGACUCUUAAGCAAGAGACAUCAAAAGGCGAACAAACUAUUUUGCUUUUUUAAUACUUCUUUCUUUUAAAAUUCAUAUAUCGUAUAAUAUGUAUGUUGGUGGUUUCCCCUGUUAAUUGUGUUUGUUUUGAAUGUUGCAUUUUACUAAAAUGUUAUGCCAAUUC